CACUGGACUGCUGAUCAGAUGGUGGAGAUCAAACCCUAAUCAAUUGUCAGAUUGCUGGGAGUUUCCUGAUAAGUCAACUCCCACCGCCGCCACCCCGAGACCGUCUUCCCAUCCUUUAGAUCCAAAGUUGUUCGUAAUUGUGUCGACUAUUCACCUGCUCGCAGUUCACUAGCACGUCUUCUCAUUCACAGAACCCGUCAUUGAGGCCAAUGGCAUCGCACGCCCGCUCAUGACAUACCGGAGACAACACGCGUUGAUGCUUGGCCCGUUUGGAGACAUGCUCAAAUACGAACACUCCAGCACCAGCCCGUCCUUCGCAGACGACUCGGACUCCGACGACAGCGGAUACGCACCCUCGGCCUCGCCAAACAGGUACCUCGAGUACACCAAAGCAGGCACUUCCGCGCGCCUGAUCCGAGAUCGCGCGACGACCGACCGGCUCAACACCGUGCUCGACCACCUCGCGCAGGUGUUUCCCGACACCGAAGUCGAGCUCCUGCGGCAGCUGAUGGCAGACAACAGAGGGCCCUCGCAGCUGGCUGCUAUUGUUGAGCUGGUCGUGUCCUCGCCCGCGCUUAUUCGCUCGCGGCGGAGGCUGCGGCAUAACUACGUUGCUGACUGGGAGCGGUUCCGCACCCGCGAAUACCGCGCUGCCGUCUCGCGGGUGCUGAGUUCGCAUUUCAAGCAGUACCUACAUCAAUCCACAAUCACAAACGUUCUCGCGCAGAAAAACUCGUCGUUUACAAACUCGCUUCCCCUCUUGACCGAAAUUGCCACCGAGCGAACACACAGGUGGACGCUGAUGCGCCUCUUCCGUCGGCGACGCAGCGUCACGCCGUUCUCGGCUCUGUCGUGGAUCGGACGGACUGGAUGCGCCGAACUCGAGCUGGAGCUGAUUGAACUCGACAAGCCAAGAAGAGCAGAGCUCUGCGAAAACGACGAACGAGCAGCGCGCGCUGCGAACGAAGACGAAUACGCGAGAGCCGGUCAGCUCAUUGAGUGCGAGUGCUGCUUUGGCGAUUACGCAUGGGAAGAUCUCUCAUGCUGCUCAGAAGGCCAUUUCUUUUGCCAUGACUGUCUCACAAACUCGGUCAAGGAGGGACUGUACGGACAAGGCGUCUUACGAGGUAAAGCGUUUGUACCUUGUAUCUCCGCAGCUGCAGAUCCGCCUUGUCGCGCCACAGUCCCGCAGCGAGUACUUCGUGCUGCGAUCUCAGAGUCUUUGUAUUCUGAGUUUGAGCAUGCGCAAAUCACAGAUUUUUUAGCGAAAAAUGCGGCUGUCAAGGGGUUUGUCGUUUGCCCGUUUUGCGACUACGCCGAGGAGUCGCCGGCGGCUGUGUCGAGUUGCAAUUUUAGUGAUUUGCGAUUAUCACUUACUCCUACUACGCUCGCUCGCUUUAUCGGGGCUGGUGGAUUAAUAUUCCUUCUUCUUCUGCUGCCGAUGAUUGUGAUUGGGGCGCUAUAUAGAGCGAUCAGUAUAGUGGCACUACUCUCGAUACCCCAGAAAUUCUACGCAAAGGCAUUCGGAUCCGUCGAGGAGUGGUAUGACAAGAAGAUAAUGGAAAUCGUGCAUGGAGUGUUUUGCAAGCGUCACGGAUCGGCGUUUGUGUGCAAGAAUCCAGCGUGCUCGCGGAUAUCUUGCACAGAGUGCAACAAAGAGUUUUUACCGUUCCACAAGUGUUUUGAGCAAGAAGAAGAUCGGAUGCGAGUGUACAUUGAAAAAGCAAUGGCGGACGCGGUCAAACGCACAUGUCCGGUCUGUCGCGUGUCGUUCAUCAAAUCUGAAGGUUGCAACAAGCUGACCUGCGUUUGCGGAUAUUCGAUGUGCUAUGUCUGUCGGAAGGACAUUCGCCAGGAGAGCUAUCAGCACUUUUGCGAUCAUUUCAGACCUAUUCCCGGCAGUGCCUGCACAGAGUGCGACCGAUGCGAUCUUUACAAAAUCGAGGACGAAGCAAUCUCGAUUGAGCGAGCUGCAAAGGAGGCAGAGGCGGAGUUCAUCCGCUCGAAUGGGUUGCCUUCUGGCUUGGAUGUUUCGGGGAAAGUUAUCGGUCCUGGUGGACACGAGGUUGCGAUGAACGGAGGGAUAAUGAGGGCGUUGGAGUCACGAUGCAUCGCUAUGCUGGAUGCAAUAAUUGCAGAGUAAAGAGCACAGUAUAUGAUUGGAUUAAUUGUUAAAGUUAUCGACUGCGGGUGGAUUCUCUCUCCUUUCUUUUUUGCUGGUGUUUGGAUAUUCGUUCUCCUUUAAAUUAAUGGUAUCUUUAAUGUAUUCUUUGAGGUUCAAUAUCUUUUAAUAAUGCAACGGAAGUAGUAAAGAGAAAAUGUUAUUAU